AUGACUGAAGCUCCCGCACAAAAAGGGCUUUCCGCCAAGCUAGACAAGAAGCGCAAGAGACAAGCAGACGACGCUAAGCAAGACAAGCCCGACACAGCGCCUGCAGCAGCUCCGGCUGCCUCGGCAGAUGGUCCAAGCAAGAAAAAGCGCAAGCAAAAGAAGAAGCAACCCCAGGAGGAUACGAAUGCGCAGGAUCGCAAGAACGGCAUCGACGAGUCUAUUGGACGGAUGGAUGGCAAGCUGCUGGCUGAUUACUUUGCCCAGAGGGCACAGAAGCUGGACAAGGAAUUGUCUGCAGUUGAACUGAAUGAUCUUUCUGUCUCAGAUUCCACAUUCCUCGAUACCAGCGCCUACACCGAACCCCGAACCCUGGAGAAGCUCCCCGAGUUCCUCAAGACAUUUAGUCCCAAGGGCUCAGACUUGUCAAAGGCAUCGGAGCAAAAGGGCACCCCUCAUACACUUGUGAUCACGGGCGCUGGCCUUAGAGCAGCAGAUAUUGUCAGGGCUCUUCGAUCUUUCCAAACCAGGGAAUCUAUUGUUGGCAAACUGUUUGCAAAGCAUAUCAAGCUGGAUGAAGCGAAGCAGUUCCUCCAACGUGCGCAGAUGGGUAUUGGCAUCGGAACGCCGACUCGGGUGUCCGAUCUGGUCGAGUCAGGCGACUUGAAACUGAAUGAGCUGCAACGCAUUGUUAUUGAUGGAUCGCACAUUGACCAGAAGCAGCGCGGUAUCUUUGACAUGAAGGACACUCAUUUCCCCUUGCUGAAGCUGCUUACUCGUCCCGAAUUGCGCGAGCGAUAUGCGGCGAAGAAGAACAAGACGCAGAUCUUGAUCUUUUGA